AUGCUCACUAGAAUCGAACAAUUCGAGGAGCACGACGGACCAGUUCGAGGAAUUGCCUUUCACAGUCAGCAGCCCCUCUUUGUUUCUGGAGGAGACGAUUACAAAAUCAAGGUCUGGAACUACAAGCUCAAAAGAUGUCUCUUCACCUUGCUGGGUCACUUGGACUACAUCCGAACAGUUUCCUUCCACUCCGAGUUGCCCUGGAUUCUUUCGUGCUCGGACGAUCAGACAAUCCGAAUCUGGAAUUGGCAGAGUCGCUCUUGCGUCUCCGUCUUGACCGGACACAACCACUACGUUAUGUCUGCCCAGUUCCAUCCAACAGAAGAUCUCGUCGUCUCCGCCUCGCUCGAUCAGACCGUUCGAAUCUGGGACAUUUCCAACUUGAAAACGAAGAACAGCUCCGGCGCACCUGGCAUGUCCGGUCCAAGUGGUCCAGGAGGAUCCAACAGUGGCAACUCUCCUCAAUCGCUUGACCUCUUCUCCACCAGUGGUGCUCAGGUUAAAUCGGUGCUUGAAGGCCACGACCGAGGAGUCAACUGGGCCUCUUUCCAUCCUUCCAUGCCAUUGAUCGUCUCUGCUGCUGAUGAUCGACAGGUCAAACUGUGGCGAUACAACGAGACGAAAGCAUGGGAGCUCGACACUUGCCGUGGUCACUACAACAAUGUCUCCUGCUGCUUGUUCCAUCCUCGUCAGGAGCUCAUCCUCUCCUCAUCCGAAGAUAAGUCGAUUCGAGUCUGGGACGUGCAGAAGCGAACCGGUCUCCAUACCUUCCGUCGCGACCACGAUCGAUUCUGGAUCAUGUCUGCCCAUCCAACUCUCAACCUCUUUGCAGCUGGCCACGAUCAAGGUCUCAUCAUCUUCAAGCUUGAGCGUGAGCGCCCAGCUUACGCCAGCAACGGCAAUUUGGUCUACUACGUCAAGGACAAGUUCUUGCGACAGUUGGAUCUCACCACUUCCAAGGAUACGCCACUCAUGAUGCUCCGAGCUACCACUCAGAAGGCACCAGUCUAUUCCAUGAGCUACAAUGCGGCAGAGAACGCAGUCUUGCUCUGUACCCGAUCUUCCAACGUGGAAAACUCCACUUACGACCUGUACCAGGUUCCCAAGUCUUCGGACUCUUCGAACCCUGAUCAGCCAGAAGGCAAACGAUCAUCUGGAUUGACAGCCGUUUGGGUGGCCCGAAACCGAUUCGCUGUGAUCGACAGAACUCAUUCGAUCCAGAUCAAGAAUCUCAAGAACGAAGUCACAAAGAAAAUCCAGUUGAAUGGAGUGGACGAAAUCUUCCAGGCCGGCCCAGGACACUUGCUUCUUCGGGAUUCGGAAGGAAUCACGCUCUACGAUGUCCAACAGAAGCGAAACCUCGCUCAGGCUAAGAUCGGCAAGGUCAAAUACGUCAUCUGGUCGCCAGACAACUCCCAAGUCGCUCUUUUGGCCAAGAACCAGAUCCUCAUCUGCAAUAAAAAGCUCGAAACACUCGCCAAAAUCACCGAAAACCGCGUCAAAUCCGCCGCCUGGGACGAAAACGGCAUUCUCAUUUACACCACCGCUCAUCACAUCAAAUAUGCCCUUCCCAAUGGUGACCACGGAAUUAUCCGAACUCUGUACGUCCCGAUCUACAUCACCAAGGUCCAGGGUAGCAAGGUAUUCUGCUUGGAUCGAGAAGCACGCCCUAGAAUCCUCAACAUCGACCCUACCGAGUACAAGUUCAAACUCGCCCUUGUUCAACGUAAAUACGACGAGGUCCUCCAAAUGGUUCGUGGUGCCAAGCUCGUCGGCCAGUCUAUCAUCGCUUAUCUCAAAGAGAAGGGAUACCCAGAAGUCGCCCUUCACUUUGUCAAAGAUGACAAGACCCGGUUCGCACUUGCUCUCGAUUGCGGCAACAUCGAAGUUGCUCUGGAAGCGGCUCGAAGCCUUGACGAUAAGUCCUGUUGGGAGCGUCUUUCUGAAGCUGCCCUCCAGCAAGGAAACGUUGAAGUUGUUGAGCUCUGCUACCAGCGAACUAACAAUCUCAACAAGCUUUCAUUCUUGUAUCUUCUCAACGGCAAUCACGACAAGCUGAAGAAGAUGAUGAAGAUCUCUGCUGUCAAAGGAGACGUGUCUGGUCACUUCCAGACUUCCCUCUACCUCGGCGAUGUUGAAGAACGAAUCAACAUUCUCAAGGGUUGCGGACAGAAGUCGCUCGCUUACCUCACCGCCGCUACUCACGGUCUUUCCGAACAAGCUGAAGAAAUUAAGGAAGGCGUCCAAGGUGAACUUCCGACUCCACUUGAAGAUGCUGCGCUCCUUGUUCCACCACCAUGCAAGACCAAGGACAACGGAAACUGGCCGCUGCUGACCGUCUCCAAGGGCUUCUUCGAAGGUGCAAUCAAGAACAAGGGCGCUGGCAUUGCUGACGAUGUCAACGAUGAUGAUGACGAUGGCAGCGUCGGCUGGGGCAAUGAUAGUCUUAACUCUGAAGCGAGUGACGACGAAAUCGAAGCCAAAUCCGAGGAUGGCUCUGGUUGGGGCGGCGAUUCCGAUGACGACCUCGACAUUCCAGACGAUAUCGAUAUUGGACCAGAUCCAGUCGGCGACGGCAGUUACGUUCCACCAACCAAGGGUACCAGCCAGGCAAUCCACUGGGCCAACAACUCCCAGCUUGCUGGAGAUCACGUUGCUGCUGGCUCCUUCGAGUCUGCAUGUCGACUUCUUCACGAUCAGCUGGCAAUGGUUGAUUUCACUGAGAUGAAGCCUGUCUUUAUGCAGUGCUACGCCGGUGCUCGAUCCUCUUUCGUCGGUCUUCCAUCUCUCGUCCCUAUGACUGGCUUCCCUCAUCGCAACUGGCGAGAUGCUGGACCAAAGAAUGGACUUCCAAACAUUUCCAUCAAGCUCGAAACUUUGACUGACCGACUCCAGGAAGCUUACACUCUGACGACCAAGGGUAAGUUCCAGGAUGCCGUUGAUACCAUGCGUCGAGUGAUGCUCCUUGUUCCCUUGACCGUUGUCGACACCAAGAACAAAAUCGCCGAGGCCCAAGAGCUCAUCCGAAUCUGCCGUGAAUACAUCAUCGCUCUCUCAAUGGAAAUUGAACGAAAGACCCUGCCAAAGAGCGAGGCCAAGCGCUCUUGCGAAAUGGCUGCUUACAUGACGCACUGUCAACUGCAGCCCAAACACUUGAUCCUCUCCCUCAACACAGCGAUGACCCUUGCUUACAAGAUCAAAAACUUCAAGUCUGCCCACGCUUUUGCCAAGCGGUUAAUCGAGAUGGGACCCAAGCCCGAAGUCGCGCAAAAAGCUAGAAAGGUUCUCGCUGCUUGCGAAAAGAAUCUUUCCGACGAGGUCGCUCUCGAUUAUGAUCAGCAUAAUCCCUUCGACCUUUGCGCUGCAUCAUACACGCCAAUCUACAGAGGAAAGGCUGUGGUCAAGGACCCUCUCUCCGGAGCUUCAUACCUUCCAGAAUACAACGGACAAGUGUGUCGCGUCACCAAAGCCACGAAAAUCGGCGCCGAUGUUGUCGGUCUCCGCAUUAGCCCUAUUCAGUUCCGUUAA